CGGUGUGUGUUAGCUGGCCGGACAUACCGCCUGCUCCAUUCAUUCAUUGUCACUCCCACCACGCUUCCUGCCCGGCUCCGCUAUAUUCGUGUCUUCUCAGGCACGUGCAGCCUGUUUGUCUUCAUUUGGGCUCCUGCUUUGUUGUAUCUGUCAGCCUUCUCCGUACUGACGGUCUACAGUGGCCUUGAGCUUCACUGACAGGGGUUUGAUCAAGAUGGAAAGGGCAAGGUCUGCUGUUACAAACUUUUUUGGCAGGGUGCCUCUCGCAUACACUCGCUUCAGUUUGACGCCGCAGACAGAUGGAGAUGCUAGUCAAGUGGAAAUGAAAUUGGCAGAUGAUGAAGAGUGUGGUGAUGCCAUGGGAGAGCCUGUUAUAAAGCCCAGAGAAGGAAACAAUGGAAGCAGAAGCUUGUGUCUUAAAAUCCUAGCAGUUGUUCUGCUGUUCUUCAUUGGUUUUCUGAUUGGAUACUUAAGCCAUAGAGGACGUGUUUCAGCUGCACAGCAGACUACAGUAGAUGGUACCAAUGAGGACAAGGUUGUAGAGGAAGAGGUUUAUGAGGACCAUUCACAGGGCAACCCUAGUGUCUUGUACUGGUCUGAUCUGAAGCCAAUGCUGGAUAGAAGAAUUGAACUCCUUAACUUUGAAACGAGCAUGAACAAUCUGUACGGUUUAACUCGUGAUGCUGGCUCUGAAAAUGAAGAAUCUUUGGCUGCAUUGAUGGAUCGUGAAUUUACAAAAAUGGGUUUGGACAAAGUGUGGAGUGAUGAGCAUUAUGUCACCUUACAAGACAAAGGCGGAUCGAAUAAAGUACAGAUUUUUACAUCUGACCGUCUAGAGGCGGACUUUGAGCUAACUUCAUAUGUGGCAUACAGCCCUGAAGGUUCGGUUACUGGUAGCCUUGUAUACGGUCAUUAUGGUCUUCCACAGGACUUUGACAAGCUGCGUUUCAGUAACGUUAACAUGACUGGUGUAUUGGUUCUAUUACGUUCAGGAAAAAUUAGCUUUGCUGAAAAGGUUAGAAAUGCUGAAUUUGCUCAGGCUGCUGGUGUCUUGAUAUAUCCUGACCCUUCUGAUUUCACCUUUCCUUUUAAUGCUAACCAAGACAUUGAGUCUCCUUUUGGGCAUGCUCAUUUUGGCACUGGAGAUCCUUACACACCUGGCUUUCCAUCAUUUAACCAUACACAGUUCCCUCCAUCAAGAUCUUCUGGACUGCCAGGAAUUCCAGUUCAGACACUUUCUAGCAUGGAUGGAAAGAAUCUGCUUGGAAAAUUGGACACUAAGGGUUGCCCAAUAGAUUGGAAAGUUGGCUGCAAGCUUAAAACCCAGUAUACUGUUAAACUUGAAGUGGCCAAUGUUGUGGCUGAAAAGAAAAUUCUCAAUGUGUUUGGUGUUAUCAAAGGCUUUGAAGAUCCAGAUCGUUAUGUUGUGGUUGGUGCUCAGAGAGAUUCCUGGAGCACUGGUGCUGCUAAAGCGGUUGUUGGAUCAUCGGUUCUUUUGGAAGUUGCUCGUGUUAUAACGCAGAUGGUUAAAGAAGAUCAGUAUAAACCUAGGCGGAGCAUUGUGUUUGCAAGCUGGAGUGCUGGUGAUUUUGGAGCUGUUGGUGCCACUGAGUGGCUAGAGGGGUACCUUUCAACUCUGCAUCUGAAAACGAUAUCUUAUAUCAGCCUGGAUGGUGCUAUUCAAGGUGCUGGACCACUUCAAGUGUCUGGUAGCCCUCUUAUGUAUACUAUGAUCCAAAAAACAUUAAAGGAGGUGUCUGACCCUACUUCUAACAGUGAUACAAAACUUUCUAAUGGGAAAGAAGAAUCCAAAAACGUCAUACAACCUUUGUCAAUUGCUGAUGCCGCUUACCCCUUUCUUGCCUAUUCUGGUGUUCCUUCGUUAUCUUUCAGCUUCAUUAAGGAUAACAAGCCUUACGCUUAUCUUGGAACCAGAAAAGAUACAUUUGAGAAUUUUCAAAAGCUGGUUAAUGUUGACCGCAUGUGCAGAGCUGUUGCAAAUAUUGCCACCCAAGUUAUUCUGCGCCUAACACAUGAUCACAAGCUGCCGCUGGACUUUGUUAAAUACAAAGAGGAAUUGCUUAAAAUUUCUGUUUAUCUAAAAGAUAAAAGUGCUGAUAUAAAUGGAUUGGGUCUCACCUUAGAUUGGAUAAAUUCUGCUUCAGGUGACUUUGGAAGGGCAGCUAUCACGCUUAAAGAUACCUUUGCUUCAUCAGAUCCUGAAAACAAGCCUUUCCUUCGCUCUCUCAAUGACCGUGUUAUGAAGGUUGAGCACUCCCUGCUGUCCCCUUACGUCUCCCCAAAAGACAGUCCAUUUCGGCAUAUACUGUAUGGCUAUGGUAAUCACACGGUUGAAGCCCUAAAGAAACACCUAAGUCUGCUAAAGAAUGAAACCCUGUUUGACAAAGAUAUCUUUAAAAACCAGUUUGCUCUUUAUACUUGGACUGUCCAGGGAGCUGCAAAUGCACUUGCUGGAGAGAUUUGGGAGAUCCAUAAUGAGUUCUAAGGUGUAUUAUGUAAUCCUUAAGAUAUCUAUGAGCAUAACGAACACAUGAGACUUCUAUUUGCAUUGCAUAGUAGGCACCUCCCAUCUGUUUCCUGUAGAGUACCCGGGGAGCCCUACCUUGGUGUGCUAUAAUAUGAAAAUGGCAACCAGUGCCUGAGGUUAAGGACUUUGGUUCAUCCCAUCCCAACACCUUAGUGUUGGUUAGUAAGAUUUGCCAAUAGUAAAUUGUGAAGAGGGCCUUAACGGGAGCUGCUCAUUGCUUGCAAUGCUAAGUACCCCCCAGGUUUGGGCCUCACGUAUACUCUACAAUCAAGCAGAGCAGAUGUGCAGUCGUUUUGGAGAGUUUUUAUGUAUGUGGUAGCCUCAUGUGUUGCGUGCCCAUAGGAUUGUUUUAAAUUAAGCACUUAACUGUUCUAUCUUCCCACAAGUGGUUGUGCCUAGCCCUUGAUUUACCUCUCGGAAGGCCCUUUAACAAAUUGACACGUCUCUGCCUUAUUUCUGGAAACCCUGUACUAAAAGGAAAACGGUUAUUCUCAAUUGUGGCAAUUGACCCCCAUGGGGGUUUACCUUUUUCUAUUACAUUGAGUAGUUUGCAUAGUCUGUCUUCAUUGCCUUGGGAAAUGUUUUUUAGAACAGGUCUGUUUUGCUCAGAAAGCGAAUAUCCCAGCAUGGGAUAUAUGGCUACAAAAAUAUCUAGCUCUUGUAUUCACCACCAGAACUGUCUUUUUACUUGACUCAAUAUCUGUUUAAUGUGCUGCAGAUGCAUUGUUCCUUUUUGAAUUUGCACAAAAUGGCAGAGGCCUUGCACAACCUACCUUCAGCUGACACUACAUUACUGAUGUAUUGCAAGUAGAAGUCUUUUUAGAAAAUGAGCUGCUAAGUGAGUCUUUUGCCCUACUGUAUUUCAAAAGGAACUAGUGUAAAUAAGAUUUGUUUCCAGUGUGUUCGUUCUGCAGUCUUUUUAUUGGAUACGUCUUGGACAAAUGUUCAUAUAGUUUAAGUCAGAAGUGGAAAUCCAUAAAGUUUGAGGUGUAAUAGUCUGACAAAGUGAGUUAACAGACCUGUUCUGUCAGUUUAAGCAAAAUAAAGGCACCAUAUUCAAAAAGGCACUGAAGCAGAUGUAUGCAAACUGGAAUAAAGAAGUCUUGUCCAUAGUCACCAUUCUAUUUUUUUUAUUUUUUUUUGUCUUGCAUUGACUAGAGAAAAUAUAUUUUUUUCUGUGUUAAAUGGGUUCUGUUUGGCAAAACAUUUGAAGCAAUGCUUCAUAUGCCAAAAGUAACAUUUUAUUUUUUCACUCGGGAAUAAUGCAGUGAGAUGUACUUCUUUUUCACAGCGGUUUAUUCUAUCCACUUGCUAUAUCUGGAAUAUAAAUAUCAAUAUUGCCCAAUCCUGCAGUGCAGGAUCAUUUAAUGUUGAUUGGAUGAAAGCUAGCAGGAUUCCUUUCGCACUGAAUAAUGGCACACUUAUUUAUUUAUGAGUGACAGAGAUCACUAUAAAUAGUAUUAAUUUUGUUAUUCUGGUAAUUAUCGGAAGCAGUGCCUUCCAUAAUUGACGGUUAUACUGUCGGAUUUUUUUUACUUACGAAAAUAUAAAAGCAGCAUCUGCUUAACUUGAACGUGCUACUGGAACUUCUGCUGUCCACACAACGGGUGCAACCAACUUUAAUAGUUUGAUUUGGAGCUACAGAGUACAGAUUGCAUGUUUUAAUUUUUAUCACACCAUCUACUCUGAGUAAAGUGCAUACAUACUUGUCUGCCUUUCAAAAUAGCUGAGUUAUAUCUUACACAGUUGCUGAAGGGUGAUGGGAUACAUAAAUACUACUGAUGUGUGCAUUGGUCUUUGAUUUGCAAUGCACAGCUGGCCUACUGUAUCUCGUAAAGUGCUGGUACUGAGUUUGUUGGACUGUAAGCUAUAUUACGUGGUAGGCUUUAUAUGCCUUAAAGCAGAAAUUCCAGUACAUUUUAUACUGUAUCUAAAUAGUUGACAUUAUCGGGAGCAGUGUCUUCCAUAAUGGAUUGUGAAAAAUUUGGUAGUUUUUGCCUACCACUGUGUUAUAUCGGGGGCAGUGUUCCCUCAUAUGUUACACUACAGGUGUAUUUAAUUAUCGGGAACAGUGUUUCCCAUAAUUUUUAGUAUAAAUGCUUAGGGUGUUUGGGGUUUUUUUUUUUUUUUUUUUUUUUUUCUGCUUGUCAGCCCUGAAAUGCUCUUAUGAAAUCCUUUAUCAGUGCUGCAAUGGGAGUUUAGAGGUUCUCCAUUAAAAAUAAACAGAUGGUCCAAAAAUGCAGCUUGUCGUAGCCGUCUUGAAAAGUUGCAUAAAACAAAAAAUGGGGUUGGAAGCAGCCAGGGCACAUAACUAUGAUCUUGCAUCCGAUUGUAAAAAAAAAAAGAUGGUUCCGCUCUAUGGGUAACCAAUAUAUCUUUAGAGCUGCCGCCUCCACUAUAACUGCUACCUUGGUAGAGGCUAACUUAAAGGAUCACUAAAGUGAGAUUAUAUGUAAAUGAUCCUGUUAUACUUGCCUCCACUGUGCAGCUCGUUUUGCACAGUGGCCCCGAACCUGGUCUUCUGGGGUCCCUCGGCGGUUGUCUCGGCUCCCCCUUCAUGUGCGCAAGCUCGCAUGGUGGAAAGCUCUUGCGUGCUCUCGUGAUAUAGCCGCUCACUGCAUCACUCGGCCCCAUACUUGGCGCAACGCGUUAUUUGAUAUGAUUGACAGCAGCACAAGCCAAUGGCUGUGCUGCUAUCAAUAUCAAAUGAGGAGCCGACUCAAGCUGGGGGAAGCCAUCGCAGGAACAAGCCCACGGAGUUUCGGGGCUUGGGUAAGUAAAACCGGGGUGCCUGUCAUUGCCAGUUUUUUUUUUUUUUUCACCUUAAUGCAUAGGAUGCAUUAAGGUGAAAAAACAAACCUUUACAACCCCUCUAAUGUGAUUUAUAAAGUGGGAGUGGCUCUGCUUGUGUAAUUGAAUCCCUGUUACAUGUAACGUUAUAAUAAAGUGACAUGUGCUAGGGUAUGUGCAUGCUGAUAAAAAUAAACAAUUUACUAAUCUAUAAAAAUGGGCAAAUGUAUACAGUGCUAAAAUCACAUCUCCUGUUGACAGCGGUAUGAUGAAAUGCAUUGGGUGAAGCAUCUAGCGCCAUUGCGUCACGUCUGGUUUUGGCCCAUGGAACAUUCGCAUCCUGGAUUCCUUGAUGCAUUUUCCCACCACUGUGAUUUUUAAAAUGUUACAACCAUGCGAGUGCAACUCUUUAUGUAUCAGAUUGACAAGUGAAAAAAUAAAUGCAAAAAACUCAUGGCUGUGCUAUCACUUAUCAAGUGAAAUAAAUCAGGAACUAUGUUAAAAUGGCAUGGUAUCUACCCUUGGGAGAAAAGGGACGUGCUAAAAAAAUGCUCAUAAGUCGUGCUAGACAAGGUCACAAUUUAUUGCGGCAUGCCAUUGUGUCCACUCUUGCUCCCCUAUUUAACCACACUUACCAGAAGGCUUUCCCCCUAGUUUGGGGUAACCAGCAUUCACAGCGCUAUUGAUAUGUAUAAACCAGUGCCUUUCCGUCCAACUCCUCUGCCCAUCAGUCUCACUCACAUAUGGGAAUAAUAGAGAAUGAACCCCAUAAUGUAAUAAAUGCGAUAAGCGGCUUUACAAGUAUACAUAGAGUUGCACCCGCAUGGUUGUAAAAUGUCAAAUCGCAGUGGUAAUCAAAUACAUCAAGGAAUUCGGGAAGUGAUGCCUUCCAUGGGCUAAAACCAGAAGUGACUCAAUAAUGCUAGUUACGUUUCUCCUACACGUUUCAUCAUACUGACGUCAUUGGAAGCUGUGUAUGAAUUUUCUAUUUUUACAUAGUAAAUUUUAUAUUAUUGUGUCAGCACGUACAUGCCCUAGCACAUUUCGCUUUUAUUAUAAGUUAACCGUAACAGGGAUUCAAUUACCCAAUAAGUAGCACCACUUUAUAAACCACAUUACAUCAGAUUUUUGUGCCAUUUUUUGCUUGCCUUGGACAAUGAGUGAACACUUUCUCUAAAUGUGUAGUAGCCCGAGGUUUGAUAUUAGUAUGCCAUAUGUUCAAUUGCAUGUGUCCACUGGAGCACCCUAAUGCCUUUUAAAAGCACCUUGGGACAUUAUGCAUAUUUGCAUCAGUAAAUGCUCAUGGUUUAUAGUCAUUUGAACCUUGUUUGGUAACUAACUAGUUUGCCUACUCCUAUACAGUAAAUAUUCUGGGCCUCUCAUGCUGUUCAAUUUAAAAGUGGUCUUGUAAAAGAUUCUCACUCACUGAGGGCCACCCCUGUUGUAUUUUAAUGUAGAACCUCUUUUAAAUGCAAUGUAGAUUUGAAAUCCCUUGGGUGCAACUUCUGGUUGCCCCUGUAAAGCAGCAUAAAAUGUGUAGAUUUGGUAUUGUUACAAACAUGCACGCACUUAACCUUUUUUUUAUAGGAACUGUAUUCUGCAUACAAGCACUUACUGUUGUCAUUUUGUUAUAUUGUCGGCUAUCUACAACCCUUAAAUUGCAUUGUACUCCUAGUUCUCCAAGUAUAUAUUUAAAAAUAAAAAAAAACUAGUGAUGGUCCUCUGACAUCUAUGCCCUUUUUUUUUUUUUUUUUGCUUUGUGACCUUCUGUUUGUAGCUUUUUACAGCAGAUCUUAGUUUGCUUCUAACAUUUAGUCAACUAAGUAGUCAAUCACCUGUAAUACUUUGCUGAUGGAGAAAAUUGCAAUACCUACAUUGGUGCAGGUCUUAUAGAUGUGUUAAUGUAGUUGAAGGGAGUUUGUCAGUACAGAAAUAUGCUGCCACUGAAAACUUGCGAAUCUUUCUAUACUAAAGUUAGAAGGAAAAGCUCCUUUUUUUCCUGAGCAAACGUAUAUCUCCUACUCUUUAAUCUGUGUCUAUAUAGACGUCAUAUGCAGUUAAUUUAUUUUCUCCCUACCCUGGUCUGCAUUGUCAUCUUAUGGCAUCCUGUUGUCCAGCCCAUCUUUCACUUGGCCCUGCCACAGGGUAUAUUGUAUCGAAUAGGAUGUGGCACGGAUGUUGAACUCCUGCUGGGCAGUAAGAAGGUGGAGUUUUCAUUUGCACAUUUGAUAAACCUGUUGGUUCCACCUUCAAUUAAACAUUUAUUCAUGCACAGUUUAGGGACUUUAAAGUACCUAAUCGUUUUGGCUUGUAAAAAGUAUGUAGGUCAGGAAUGUGUUUUGGUGUCAAUCACUCGCAAGGAUUGCCUAGCAGCCAUUUUUUGACUUUUGAAAAUAAAGGUCCUGUUUAUUACCACCCAUCAGAAGAUGCCACUCUAAUUUAUUAGCCAUAACGUAUAAAAGCUUCCUAUUUGUUUCUUUUUGAAUUUGCAGCCAUAAAACCCUCCCUGUGUACUAGAAAGUUUCCCUUAUUGUUGCAUUUGAAUUCACAGCUUAAGGGAUGACAGCCUUGGAGCUUGCACCUUUUUGCAAAAAGUCAUCAAUGGCAACUUGGUUCUAUAUCGACCGUUUCCUUUCAAACUGCUAAGUUUUACAAACUAGAGGUAACUUCAAUAGUAUAUUACGUAUGCUUGAUUGGUUUGUUUUUUUUCCACAUUAUUGUACCUUUUUUGUAUGGGCCCACGUGGAUUGGGCUUUUGGUUUGCUUUGAUCAGGUUUUGCAUUCUCAAAGUCUGGGAACGGAAAGCCUACUUAAAGCAGGUGAACUGCACCUGUCGGCAAAUUCUCAUCUCAGCACCAUCCUAAUUUGAUGCCUUUGACAUGGGGCCAAAUGAGGUAAAAGCAUAAGGAUUUGCAGAAGGGGGUGUGCUCAAACUUUUGGGGAAUUUUUAAGUUGUGUAAAACUUUUUUGGUACAUCUGAAAAGGUCACAAUUGUCGGUCACCAUGUGUAACAGCAUUUCUGUACAGACUUGCCCUCUAAUCUUUAUUCUGUGCUGAUACAUGUCAUUUGGUGAUGUCUGAAUUACUGUAUUGUGCUAUAGCAUUUCUUUUGACUUGUCAUAUCUUUUCACUGCCUCUUGUUUAUGCUGCAUCAUUGUUCAAUAAAUGGCUUAAACAAAAA